AUGCAUCCCGUGGAGUCGGCACCGGAUAAUCUACCAAUGGCAGGCGAAAUGGCUUCCGAUGAUGGUUAUGCCGCCGAAACAGACACCAGUGACAGCGAAGAUGAACAGCAGCGUUCUCGCAUCGGGCGUGCAAGCUCCUUAAGCGAAAUGCCAGAUUUUGUGAGCUUGCCUGAUGGUCAUUCUAGCUGUCGUACCAAGGGGCGAUCGAUCUACCUGUUUGUGAGAGCUGCUCGAGAGAAAGAGCGAUGGUUCCACUUGUGA